GUGGUUUGAAUCACGUUUGAAUUGUAGAAUUGAAGUGCGGAGCUUUUUUAUUCUUAAUUAUUGGCCUUGUUUUAUUUAAAUUGAUUGACGAGGGGAACGUUUGUUUAUGUGUAUAAUUAAUUUCUUAGUGAAGUGUAGAAGUGUGUGAUAAUAAGUAUUGUACGUGACAAUCAUGGUGUUAGCUGAAAGAAGUAACGAUGUUCGUAAUGGGAAGCGUUCCAGAGGACCAAGCCCUAAUGGGCAUGGGAGCCCAGAUUCAAGCUCAGAAGAUGAAAAUGCGGAGAAAAUCAGAGUAGGCCGUGACUUCCAAGCUGUCUGCCCUGAGUUGGAGCCAGUUGAGCAAAGGAAACCAGACCAAAUAUCAGACCGGGCAUUGCUUGUUUGGUCUCCAACAGCUGACAUAUCUGAUGCUAAGUUGGAUGAGUAUAUAACAACAGCAAAGGAAAAAUAUGGAUAUAAUGGUGAACAGGCCUUGGGUAUGCUAUUUUGGCAUAAGCAUGAUCUCAGCAGGGCAUCUCUGGACUUGGCUAACUUUACACCUUUUCCUGAUGAAUGGACUGUUGAAGAUAAGGUGCUGUUUGAGCAAGCAUUCCAGUUUCAUGGAAAGAGUUUUCAUCGGAUACGGCAGAUGCUGCCAGAUAAGUCAAUAGCAUCACUGGUGAAAUAUUAUUACUCAUGGAAGAAGACGCGCGCUAGAACUUCAUUAAUGGAUGUGGUUAGUGAUGGCCGUAAUGCUACAGCUUCUAGUACAGCUAAGAAGGAUUCUCCAGCUGCCUCUGAACCAGGUGGUUCAGACAAGGAUUCAGACAACGAUGAAAAGAAGUGGACUUACCAUCGUGGUAUUGUCCGUGGAAGCAAGCCAUCUACGGCCGGAGGGCCCUCACUUCGCGCCGGCCAAGCCGAGGGCGACGGCGGUGAGGCAGGCAAAUGGUGCACAGUGUGCGGGAUACUAUGCACCCAGACAACGCAACACAACUCCCAGAAACUUUGCCAGGCAUGCCUCGUGCACGCCAGACGCACGGGCAGUAUGCGACCGCUGUGUGGGCCGAGCGGGCGACGCGGGCCUGGCUUUAAACAGGUGCGGUACAAGCAUCGCUUGCCUCGUGGUAUUUACAUCAACCACGAUGAUCUGGUUGCCAUGGCGACCGGCCCUCAGCCCGGGGACGCCGCCCAACCGGGGCUCGUAAACCAGGGCGAGGCCAUGCUCAAAGCGAUGGAUAGAGAAAUAAUAUCCUUCAAACGACAAGUACAGCAAAAUAAACAACAGUUAAGCGCGAUAAAACGUAAAGUUGGCGAUUUGGGAGUGGAGGAGUACAGGCCAGGUGAACCUCCCGCUAAGAUUAACUCACGCUGGACCAAUGAGGAGUUGCUAAUGGCUGUAACAGCUGUGCGGAAAUAUGGUAAAGACUUCCAAGCCAUUGCUGAAACGCUAGGAACAAAAACAGAGGCCCAUGUGCGCACAUUCUUCGUUUCAUAUAGACGUCGUUACAAUCUGGAUGCUGUACUGCGGGAACACGAAGCUGACCGCGGAAAUGCUAAUCAUAUACAGCCAGGUACAACAAGCACAGAGGCAGCUGAGAAUAAUGACGAUAGCAACGCUAACGGUAGCAGCAGUUCGCCCAAGAGCACUGCUAGCAAAGAUGAAAAAACGGAAGUGGACAGCGAGGGUGUCUCCAUCGGCGCAUCCGCAGAGCAGGGCGGAGCGCCCACCACGCCCCCCAAACAGAAAACUGCCAAGUGAUGAGCUGAAUUAAUCAAGAGUGGUGAACCGCACUACAGUAAAUUUAUCACAAUCGCAAAUUAUUAAAUCUAUUAUUAAUUUCAUCUCAUAUCUCGAAAUAUUUUAAGCAAAUAACCUUAGUUUAAAUUAGUUGUAAUAUAUUAAAACCGUAUUCCAAAAUGUGAUUAGUGCAACAUUCAAUCCAUUUUGUCUAUGAACUUUGACAUUGACAGUUAUGUCUUGAGAUAUUGAAGUGUCUGUGGACAGUAAUCAAAGUAAUGGAUUAUUUAAAAUGUAAUUAUAUUCUAAAUAAGGAAACAUUAUUUUAUGGAGGUCAAGAUUAUUUGAAUUUAAUUAUAUAUUGAGUGUUGUUUUUACGGAAAUAUUGAGGCUUCGUAUAUUAUAAGAUCCCAUACGAAAUUGUCCUAGAACAUUGAAAUUUUUCCAAUUGGAUUGAUAUGUAUAAACAUUCUAACAAACGACUUUCCCUUUCGUCUUUUUCUAUCGAUUUAAUUGAUUUAGAACCACGCCCCGUUCAAAUUUGUUAUUGGCAAAAUGUACCCACACAUUUUGCCACAGCUAUUGUAUUGGAAAAAACAAUCCAACGGAACAAAAUUGUGUAUUUUAUAGAAUAAUGUUAAAAUUUACAUGAUUUAGUUUUGAUCGGUAUAUCGUUCUAAAUAUCACAUUUGGAUAGAAAUUACCGUAACAUAAUAAAAUAUUCUAUACAAAUUAAUUAGCUACGUUUAUAAUAUUUGGUUUGAUACGUGAGCUGUUAGUGCAUAGCAGGAAUAACGAAUAACGACGAACCAAUCUUGAUCAUUUUAAACUGAAAAGAGUUUUAUAUUCAAUAGGAAUAAUUGACUCUUUCGUGUCUGUUCUUAAAUUAUUGUAGACUGGUUUAUUGAGGUUCCAUACGGAAAAAUUUCAAACUGUUUAACAUUACGUCACGGUAUACGGUAUAGAAAUAUGUAAAUAAUAAAAUUAAUAAAUUACUUUUAAGUAUAACUUGAUUAUAUCCAUUUAAUUACGGGCCGAUUUUACAUGGGUUAAAUUGACUGUAAAAAUAUUGUUUUAUUUUGGUUGGCCAAAGCAUUUUUAAAUAUCACUUAUUGAAAUAAAACAAGUUUACUUAGAUAUUACAAUUAUUAAAAUUAUAUAUUUGACUAGCGAAUACAUUUUUUUUUUCAAUUGUAAUCAAUAAGCUGGUUUUAAUUCGAUAGUGUUUAGUAAUUUUGUUACAAUAACAUAUUGUAAAUAUAACUUGCCAUAAUGUUUUUAUAAAUAAUUAGAUUUUAGUUAAUACGAGAAAAAAUAUUUUUUGUUUACUAUGGUAACAUUUGUAUCAAUAUUUAAAUUCAGUAAAAUAGUGUAUAACUUCGAAUUAAGGUGCAUUUUAUAAUAUUCAGUCUUUGUAGAAAGCUUGAGUCCAAUAAUUUGGCCUAGUAUAAGUAUGCCGACGCGGUAAGAACCAUUGUGGCUACCAACCAUAGCAAUGAAGGCUUUUGUUGUUGUGUCCACACGUAAAGCUACAGAAAUGGAAAAAGGAUUUUUCAUUAUAGAACCAAAAACAUAUAUAUAUAUAUAUAUAUAU